AUGUGGCCAUCGACACCUUCGGUCGACACGUUGACGCGGCCGCGCGUGGCCGUGGCCCUCGUCUCCGCCAUCGCCGCCGUCUCCGUCGGGUACUACGCCUACCAGUCCCGCCAGCCGACUCGUCCUCUGGAGCUCCCUCCGGGGGGUGAGCUGCAUAGGAGCAACGCCGUGCGCCGCACGGGUCGACGGUCGCGGAGAUCCGGCACAGCUUCGAGCUCGUCGUCGGACGCCGCGGGCGAUGAGAAUGCCGACUCCAACAUCCGUCUCGAGCCGCUGCCUGCGCCGCUGCCUGCGCCCAACGGCGACGCAGAAACGGUCGUCGAGGCCGUCGACGACAUGUGGAACGACGCAUCCGGAUACCUCCCACCUCAGCUGCGGGCGGGCCAUAACAUCGUGAACCUUCUGUUCAGGGUAUCCGAGGACAAUGCGAGGCGCAACGGCUGCGUGCAUCGGGGCUGCCAAUGUAAUGCGUGUGGCAUGGUCCCUAUCCGCGGCGUUCGGUACCGCUGUGCCAACUGUGCCGAUUUCGACUUAUGCGAGACGUGCGAGGCUCAAGGGGUUCACGCCAAGACGCACAUAUUCUACAAAAUUCGGGUCCCCGCGCCGCCGUUUGGCCCUCGACAAAUGCAGCCUGUUUGGUACACCGGCGACCCGGACACGUGCCGUCGCAACCUGCCCAGGCAGUUGAUCGCCCGGCUUUCCAAAGAGACCGGCUUCGAGCGGCCGGAGCUGGAGGCGUUUUGGGAGCAGUGGACGUUUAUGGCCAACACGGAGCUGCGAGACGACCCGGACGAGCUCAACAUUGCCAUGGACCGCAAGACGUUUGAACGCUGCCUGGUGCCGACGGGCGGCUCUCGCCACGCCGCGCCCAAUCUCAUCCACGAUCGCAUGUUCUCCUUCUAUGACUCAAAUAACGACGACCUCAUCGGCUUCUCCGAGUUCCUACAUGGCCUGUCUUAUCGAAAGCGCAAGGACAAGCUGUUAAAGGUGUUUGAGGGCUACGACCUGGACGGCGAUGGGUACGUAAACAGGCGGGACUUUCUUCGCAUGUUCCGGGCGUAUUAUGUCCUGUACAAGCAGAUGCACAAGGACAUUCUUGACGGACUCGAGGACCAGCUCCUCGCGAGUACGGAAGCUCAACAGCUCGUGACGAGCCGUCAGCCUCUGAGCAGCCUCUUCGGCCGCGAGGGACGUAUUCCCGACGCCGACGGUAACAUGCGGUUCGAAGGCAAGACAUACCACCGUGACGGCAGCGUCGACAUCGACGACCGAUACCACGGGGCCAUUGCUGAGGAUCGCGGAGACACGGCGAACCGGGAAGACAUUCUUACGAGCCUGUUUGCCUACGACACCGAGCCUGGAAGCCGCGGCCUAAUCACCCGCAGGGAUACAGAUGCCAACUGGCGCACCGUCCACAGACUGGGCGCCGCAGAGACGGACCACGCAUACUGGGCGGCGCUAUUGAACCCGCCCACAACCCUGGAGGAGCUCCCGGAUGUGAUUGCGGGCAAUAGUGACCUCCAGUCAGCCUCCGAUGGCGAUGCUGACGACCAAGGAGACGGCGGUGACGGGGAGCGUGAGGGCGACGGAGGCGACUCGGAGUCGGCGACGGGCGUACCCAUCACGGAUAGCGAGCGUCGCGCCAGAGCCCUUGCAACAGCGCGGCGUAAGGCGCCGGAGCUGGAGAAGCGGCGUAGAGAUAUGGCGCGCAAGCAGCUGCAUGAGAGGUGGAAGCGUCGGCAGUUCUACCUCGACGAGGAAGAGGGUGGCCAGGCUCCUGACGAUUGGGCAAACGACGAAGAUAUCCUUGCCACCCUUAACAAGGCAGCCGUUGAGGCCAAGUCCAAGGACGAGCCGGUCGCGGCGACGCGCUCACGCUCGAGUUCCAAAGUCCGGUUUGCUGAGGACAUGGAGGACUACGAUACUCGAUCGAACCCUUCGACUUCGUCGAGAAGCAUCCCCGAGCGGUGGGGAGGAAUGGAUAUCCCCGACGCCGAGAAGGACGCCGGUAAGGAGAUCCUGUAUCAGGUCACUCAGCAGGCAUUCAACGAGCUUCUGGACACCAUCUUCAAGCCGGCAGAAGAUUUGGCCAUUGAGGCGGCCGAGACGAAGAAGCGGCGAGAGCAGUACAAGCACGAAAUUGACGCCAUCGAGGACGGACCCGAAAAGAAUGGUGAACCUAGGCGGGACUCUGUGCCGCACCUGGGGCGCGCCACGGAAAAGGCCAUUGCGGACAAGAGCCUCGAAGAGCUGCUCUCAGAGACGGGCUACACGGUAGUGACUGAUGAGCCUCGCAAUGCGGUGGAUCUUGACUUCUCGCUCAACCUUUCUGACUACACGAUACCCUCGGAGUCUUCGGUCGCAGGUGACACGGAACCGGAGGAGCACCGCGACCCUACGAUGCCUCAAUUUCGACCCAACAGCGACGCGUCGAUGCCAGCAAGCUCUGGAGGAUCAAAGACGACGGGGAUCGCCGACGAGAAUGAACUGGCCGAUGACGAUUCCGACCACGAGUCGUACACAUCGGUGGAGAGCGUGAUAGGCACGGAUAAGCUGCGGAGGUGGAAGAUGAUCAACGAGGCGGAGGCCAAGGCGGCGCAACGGGGUGGCUGGGGUCGGCUCAGCUUCAAGGAGUUUGAGGAGAUUUACAAGAACCAGGAGGAUCUGGGCAAUCGACUGGACUAUUUGGGGAGCUGGAUCGACUUUUGCAUUCCCUAG